AUGCUGAGAAGGGGAUUGCGAUCGCUCGCGGUUCUCUCCAGGUCGGCGGCAGCGCCCGAGGGUUCGCAGCACUGCGCGGCGCUGCUGGCGGCAUUGUCGAGCAGGGAUCCAGAUGCGUCGCUACGGGGGCUGGAUUUUGUGCCCAGCGCCUUCUCGCUGGGCAAGGCGCUCGAGAGGUCUCCCAGCGCCAAUGCCGCGCUCCAAUGCUUCGCGUGGGCGUCCGGCCUGCCCGGAUUUCGCCAUGGAUUCCAGGCCUGCAACGCGCUGCUCGUGGCGCUGAUCAAGAACGGCCGCCACAGGGAAGCGCACGGGAUUUUCGACUCCCAGCUCAAGAGUCUCGCCCCGCCCGAUGCCUCCAGCUAUGGAAUCCUCGCUAACGCCUACGUCCAGGCCGGGGAUCUCGAUGCCGCCGUGAAGCUCUUGCGCGAUCUCCCGGCCUCCACCACGGCCAAUCUCGCCACCUAUCUCUGCGUCAUGAUGGGCCUCUGCCGCGGCAAGCGAUCCAUCGACGCGAUUGGUGUGCUUCGCGAAAUGCAAAAGAGGAACGUCGUGCCGGAGCUCGCGACGUAUCUCAUGCUCAUCGAGGGCCUGGGAAGGGAUCACAGGGUGAAAGAGGCCUUCGAUCUCUUCCAAGAGAUCCAUGCUCGAGGAUUCACUGCCAAGGCCUCGAGCUAUAGCUACAUUGUUUGCGGCCUCGCGAAGUAUGGAUACUUUGACGAGGCCGUGGAGCUCUUCGAGGAGAUGAUCCGGAGGAAGGUGGCGCCGCCGCUGGGGUCAUGCAUUGGGAUCUUGAAUGGCUACUGCCAGGAUGGAGGGAAGAUGGAGCAGGCGAUCCAGCUCUUCCGGAAGAUGGAGGGCGAGUAUGGUUGUCCUCCAAACACGUACGCUUACAACGUUCUUCUCACGGGAUUGAAGAAGAAGGAUGGAGUGGAGGAGAUGAGGGAGAUGUUUUUGGAGAUGAAGGAGAAGGGCUGCGAGCCGAAUCUAGUCACGUACUGCACGUACAUUCUCGGGCUGUGCAAGGCCGGGAGAGUCGACGAUGCGAUGGUGGUGAAGAAGGAGAUGAUCCAGAAGUCUUGCUCACCGGACAACGUCGUCUAUAGUAUCCUCAUCAACGCGUUCUGCAAAGUCGGGAAGAUCUACGAGGGCGAGAAGCUGCUGGCGGAGAUGCUGGAGAAGAAGCUCCAGCCGGACGUUGUGUGCUUCAGCUCGCUCGUCGAUUGCCUGGACAAGGCUGGUCGAUACGGCGACGCUUAUCGGCUCUUCCGGAGGAUGAUGGAGCAAGGGUGCAAGCCGGAUGCUGUCAUCGCGUCGGUGAUGCUGGACUCUUUCACGAAACGGGGAGAAGUAGCGCAGGCUCUGGAGCUCGUCGACGAGUUCGUGGACAGGGACUUGCCGCUGCCAUCGGCGGGAUCUAUCAACCAGCUCGUCAAGAGGAUUGUGGUGGGGGACAAGGUGGAAGAUGGCGUCCGGCUACUCAAGACGAUGGCUUCCAGAGGCUCCAGACCUCUGCAGUGCUCGUAUGCGACUUUGUUGAGGGAGCUCUGCCGGAGGAAAAACGCUGUCGAGGCGCUGGAGCUGGUGAAGGAGAUGCGAGCGGCUGGCUACACGUCCGUGGAUCUCUCGUGCGUGAUCGAGAUGCUGUGCAAGAUGAAGAUGGUGGACGAGGCCCGGGGGUUGUACGAGGAGAUGAAAUCCUCGCAGCAGCAGGAGCUCCUCCCGAGCGUCUCCACUUACAACAUUCUUUUGGAGCGCUUGUGCGGCGAGGGACGGCUGGGCGAUGCCAAGGACUUGUUCCAGGAGAUGAUCGAGAGCGGCCGGAUCCCCGACGUGAACUCUUACGAGAUCUUGGUGGAGGCGCUGUGCAAGGCCGGGAAGAUCUUCCAGGGGCACGAGCUGUUCAAGCAGCUCAUCUCGCUGGGAUUCAUUCCCAGCAGCGAGAUGUGUGCUACGAUCGUCGACGGGCUUUGCAAGCACCAGUAUCGAGAAGAGAAAAGCGAAGAAGAAGCUGAAGAUGACGCGGAAGAAGCUCUCAGGGAGAUGAUCGAUAGUGGAUUUGUGCCUGACGACUUGAUCGGUGACGUGAUCAGAGAGCUCGAGGAGGAGGAUUCAUUCACCAUGAUGAAGAAGCUGCAGAUCAUAGUGGUCGCAAUCUUGGUUGUGGUUCUUAAUGUUGCUUUUCAUGGUGUUGCAAUGCGCCCCAUGGCCCAAGAGACGAAGAUGGUGUACGGAGUGAUCAAGGUUCCUCAUUUGGAAGUUCCCGCUUCUGGGUUCUACAAGCGACCGUAA